CAAUAAAAUUCGUAAGAGCCACUCGAUUGCUUGCUUCCUUUCGCUUUCUAUCAAGAGACUUCCUUCUUUUUUUUUUCUCUUUCUCUGUUCUUCGUUUUUGUUUUUUUUUUUCUCGGAAACCAAGAAAAAUACUUUCGAGCCCUAGGGAGAAAAAGUAAAUCAAAGAUAAAAAUGCAGAGAUUGAAGCAGCAGCAACAGCAACAAGCGAUGAUGCAGCAAGCUUUGAUGCAGCAACAGUCUCUCUACCAUCCCGGACUCCUCACCGCUCCUCAGAUAGAACCAAUCCCAAGUGGAAAUCUUCCCCCUGGUUUUGAUCCAACUUCUUGCCGCAGUGUGUACGUUGGAAACGUCCAUAUUCAGGUGACGGAACCUCUGCUCCAAGAGGUUUUUGCUAGCACUGGUCCUGUGGAAAGCUGUAAGCUUAUUAGGAAAGAACAGUCUUCCUAUGGUUUUGUCCACUACUUUGACCGAAGAUCUGCUGGUCUGGCUAUCCUCUCUCUCAAUGGAAGGCAUUUGUUUGGGCAACCUAUCAAAGUGAACUGGGCUUAUGCUAGUGGCCAGAGGGAGGAUACAUCAGCUCACUUUAAUAUAUUUGUUGGGGAUUUGAGCCCGGAGGUUACUGAUGCAAUGCUGUUUAGUUGCUUCUCUGUCUACCCAAGUUGCUCGGAUGCAAGGGUUAUGUGGGAUCAGAAAACUGGGCGUUCAAGAGGAUUUGGUUUUGUUUCUUUCCGAAACCAGCAGGAUGCUCAGACUGCAAUAGAUGAAGCAGGCGGUAAAUGGCUUGGUACCAGGCAGAUUCGCUGCAACUGGGCAACGAAAGGAGCCACUUCUGGUGAGGACAAGAUCAGCUCUGAUUCCAAAAGUGUUGUGGAACUAACCAGUGGUGUCUCUGAGGAUGGCAAAGAUACAUGUAACGGUGAUGCUCCAGAGAACAAUGCUCAGUACACAACUGUCUACGUUGGGAAUCUUGGUCCAGAGGUUUCUCAGGUUGAUCUUCACCGCCACUUCUAUUCUCUUGGUGCUGGAGUUAUUGAGGAGGUUCGUAUCCAAAGAGACAAAGGUUUUGGAUUUGUAAGAUACUCUACUCAUGUAGAGGCCGCCCUCGCUAUCCAGCUGGGGAACACACAUUCCUACCUCGGUGGCAGGCAGAUGAAGUGUUCUUGGGGAAGCAAGCCAACUCCACCAGGAACAGCAUCGAACCCGCUUCCUCCACCAGGUCCCGCACCAAUCCCUGGAUUCUCAGCCAGCGACCUCUUGGCUUACGAGAGGCAACUAGCCAUGAGCAAGAUGGCUGGAAUGAAUCCGAUGAUGCAUCACCCGCAGGGACAACACGCUCUCAAGCAAGCUGCGAUGGGGGCCACUGGUUCAAACCAGGCCAUCUAUGACGGUGGUUUUCAGAACGCGCAGCAGCUCAUGUAUUACCAGUGACUUCUCUUCCUUGAAGCCGUGAUUUGAGUGAAGAGUUUUUUUUUUCCAACUUUUUUAUAAUCCUUAUGUAAUGUCUUUAUUCCCUCCUUUUCUUUACGAUCUUGUUAUAAUGUUAUCAUGUACCUGGGCUCAUGGGUUGUUUCAUCUCUUAUAUACUUCUUUGUUGUGAUGUAGUAAGCAAAAACUCUAAUAUGUUUCAAGUUUCAACUAGAUGAUCAGACACUUUGUUGUUGUUAUA